UGUUGCAGCCAGUGAAGGAAGUCAAGAUAGGCAGGCUAUGUUUGUUGCAGCUAGUGAAGGAAGGCAAGAGGCUUCUGAGCCCGUACAUGCUUUGGAAGCUACAGCAUCGUCCAUGAUUAUGGAGGAAGCACCUCUCCUUGCAGCUAGUGAAGGAACUCAAGAUGUGCAUGCUGUGUCUGUUGCAGCAACUGAAGGAAGGCAAGAGACUACUGAGUCCGGACAUGCUUUGGAAGCAACCGCCAAGUCAGUGAGUGUGAAAAGGAAAUAUCGUAAGAAGAACUACCAUACCGACACUCCUAGGAGAAGUCCUAGGCUUAUACAGAUGGGUGAAUGUUGUAUCGGUCCUGUGGAAGAGCCAGCAGCCGACCACAAGAGGUCUCACACGCUCGGGCCAGCAGAAGAAUCAGCUGCCUCUACCGACCCAGCUGAAACGGCUGUCCUCACUAUGCCACAUGUUGGAUCAACGAGUUGUUUUUGCUCUCCAACAUCAACGACACUCCUCAGCCUGACUUCCACCACUCCGAAAGCUCAGACUUCUGAAGGUGGCGACGCAAAGUCAGUGAGUGUGAAUGCAAAAUGUCAUAAGAACUACCAUACCGACACUCCUAGGAGAAGUCCUAGGCUUAUACAGAUGGGUGAAUGUUUUACCAGUCAUGUGGAAGAGCCAACAGCCGACCACAAGAGGUCUCGCACGCUCAGGCCAGCAGAAGAAUCAGCUGCCUUUAUCAACUCAGCUGAAACGGUUGUCCUCGCUCUGCCACAUGCUGGAUCAACGAAUUGCCUUCGCUCUCCAACAUCAGCGACAUUCCCCAGCCCGAUUUCCACCAGUCCUAAAGCUGUGACUUCUGAAGAUGGCGAUGCAAAGCUGGUGAGAGCGAAGGCGAAACAUAUUGAGAGGAACUACCAUAUCUUGUCCUUGGUUAGGGAAAAACCACCUCUUGGCCUGACUUCCAGCAGUCCGAAGGCUCUGUCCUCACAAGGUGGUGAUGCAAAGCUGGUGACCGGGAAGGUGAAAUGUCGUAGGAAGAACUACCGACCCUGCAAACUAACUCUAGUUGACUGAAUCUUUCUAACUCUUGUUGCUGUAGUUCCUCUCAUGUGUAACCACUCUUAUUGCAUCUGUAGUGGGAUCGAUCUGAGCUCGCGUUGCGCCAUCUCAAAUUCGUCUAGGAUGUAAACUGUGGGUGAUUUUUGGACUUGUUUCGUCAAGCACAUCAUUAAUUAGGUGGUAUUUUGGUGAGCUUGGAAAUGGCGCGCAGCUGCUGUUUUCUGGGAGCUUAAGAAAAAUUUGUAGGAGUUAAUCCUGGCUCCAAGCUGAGAUGUAACCAAACCAACAAUAGAUCCAGAUUUGUUAGAGCAACUGCAUUUUGAUUAUCAAUAUUGCAAAAAAGGUGUGUGGCUUUGGUA